CAUUAUGCAAUAGCAUGGUCAACAACGAAGCAAUUAAGCUUGCAAUUGAAGAUCUUGAAUCGCAAGAGACUCCAAAUUACAGUGCGACCGCGAAAAAAUAUUCACUCAGCCGAGAGACCCUGCGCCGGCGGCAUCAAGGCCUACAAGUUGAUUGCCAUGAAGCAACCUCCAGACAUAAGAAGAAGCUCACCAAUAUACAGGAGGAUGAGCUCCUAGAGUAUAUAAACAAGCUCUGCAACCGCGGCCUUGCUCCUACGCCUCAAAUCCUUUGAAAUAUCGUGCAAGAGAUGACGGGAGAGGACAUGGGAAUCAACUGGGUGACAUGGUUUCGUGAGCGCCACAAGGACAAGAUCAAGACUGUUUAUCUCAAGCUGCUUGACAAGAAUAGACAGUUGAGCAAGAAAAUCAGCCAGUAUAAUAUUACACCGGAAAACACAUACAACUUUGAUGAAAAAGGAUUCCUCCUAGGCUCCUGUCAUGCCUUGAAGUGCCUUGUCUCUAUUAAAGCCCUACAAGCUGGUAAAAGUGUUGCAACUCAGGAUGGAAGCUGGGAAUUCCUCUCACUGCUCUGUUCAGUCUCUGCAGAUGGGAUUGCAUUACCUCCAGCUCUUAUUUAUCAGGGUGAAUCCAGAGAUCUUCAGGAUACGUGGCUGGAUGAUUUUGAUGGAAGUGAAUAUGCCUACUUUGCAGCCUCAGUGAACGGCUGGAGCAAUGAUGAAUAUGGCCUGGAGUGGUUGCAACGGGUUUUUAAUCCGCAUACAAAGGCAAAAGCAGGUAGGGCAAGACGUCUGCUUCUACUAGAUGGGCAUUCUUCCCAUAUAAAUAUGAAAUUUAUUGAAUAUGCAAACCGCGAAAGGAUCCUGCUGUUGAUCCUUCCACCGCACUCUACCCACCGUUUGCAGCCUCUUGAUGUUGGUGUUUUUGGGCCGCUGGGCAAGGCGUAUUCCAGCGAGCUGGAAUCCCUACUACACCGUGGACUGGGCUAUAUUCGAAUGACAAAAAGGGAUUUCUGGAGACUAUUCAAUGCAGCAUGGAAGAAGGCUUUGAUGGGUGACAAUAUACGUGCUGGCUUUGCAAAGACUGGCAUUUAUUCCCUGGAUCCCCAGUGUCAACUAAGCCGAUUUGAAACUGCUGAUCAACAAGGCCCUGCACCACUAGUUGAGCCUUCCAUCCCUACAAAUAUACAGGAGCUUCGUCAAGAGGUUAAGGGUAUUUGUCUUCGGCACAGCUUAAAUUUGCAGAGUAUUGGACGGGUUAUCAAAGCCAGCAAGCAAUUUGCAAUACGAAAUGAACUGCUAGAGCAUGAAAAUCGGGCUCUAAAAUUGACUAUCGUGAUGGAGAAACAGCGCCGCAAGCGAGGCAAGCCCCUAGGCCUACUUGAUCGCGAUAAUCCGAGCCAGGCCCAGUUCUGGAGUCCUACAAAAGUUCUGCAGGCUCGGGAACGCCGGGAUGAAAUAGAGGCUGAGAAAGCUCACAAAAUUGCUCAAACACAAGAGGCAAAGCUUCAAUGGGAGCUCCAAAGAGAGCAGGCAGCUAGGGAGGCUGAAGAAAAACGGAUUGAACGAGAGACUGCCUGUAUGAAGGCCCGCGAGCAACAAGAGGCUGAAAAGCUUGAACGUGCUAUACAACAAGAGGCCCAGCGUGUUGCCCGUGAGGAGAAAAAGGCUUUACAACAAGCAGAGAAGGAGAGACAGGCUGUUGAACGUGCUAGUAAACACCGGCAGUCAGAGCUUCAAGCGCCGGCUUCAAAGCGCCGUCGGCAGGGCCUCCCUACAAAAGAACCUCAUCGCGGCAAGCCUAUACAAUCUUCCCAAAGCAGUAGUAAGAGCUUUACUAGCCUCCCUAACAAGCCUUUAGGCUCUCUAGCUGAGAAAUCUACUGCUGACAUUCCUUUACAAUCUUUCCUAUCCACCCCCCGUAUCUCUCGCUCUGGCCGCAAUAUCAGGCCGUCCACACGUUUAUUUUCAUAGCCACACUAAUUUCUAUGCUUUAAAGAACACAC